AGUACGUCUGAACUAUGACGACUCUACAACAGAUUUAUCCAUGGGAUCCCCAGCGGUGAUGGUGAUACAAGGCUGAUAAUACAUUCUGUAUAUAUAAAUAGAUAAUGUGUAUGACACUUAAAAUGAUCAAUCAGACGGAAGAAGAUUUAGUCCAAACUACUUCCUAACUCAUGAUGUUUGUGUAAGAGUGUGAUAAAAGAUUGAGGAGUGUAAUGUUCAUUAAAAUGUUGCUGCGAUAAGUUAUAUCAUGUUCACUUGAAGGAAGUAAAAAUGAAAGACAUUUGUGUUCUCUUUAACUGUGAAGAUGUCGAAGACUUUGCUGGAUACCUUGAAGAGUUAUUUCUUAAAGGAAAUUCAGAAUUAAAGAUAAACUUUCAAAAUAUCGGAGAGAUUAUUGAUUUGACAGAAUUAUCUACAUACAAAUUGGUAGUAAUAUUAUGUAGUCCUUGUAUGAUAGAAUUCUUUGACAGCGAGUCAGAAAUAGAAAGAUUUCAAAAAAUAUUGGUGAAUCACCCGUGCAUAAUUUGUCUGCAGUAUUACGUAGAAAAUGAUGAUAUCUCACGCCUUCAAACUGCAUUAGCAGUUGACCCAAAAAGUUGGAAACUAUUUCAGAGUCUUGAAACUAAACAGGAAUGUACUGAAACUAUAGCCAGUAUUUUCGAAGUUCUUGAGGAACAGUCUCGUGUGCCGGAAAUAAUAGUGAAGCCUUUACCGAAGAAAAGACAUUUAAGAAAAUCGAAGCGAUCCGCUAAAAUUGUCCCAAACUGUGUGUACAAGGCAAACGAAAAUGUUGCGAUUAUAUUCCAGAAACCACCAGGUGGCACUGUUCAGGUCUCGUUCAACGAAUUUGAUAAGAUAGUUGACGCAAAAGAGUCAAUAAAUGAAUAUACAUAUCUUUUCCGGGUACCAUCAUUACCAAAAUCUGGAGACGUACGGAUAUCGUUAUUAUGUGAUAGUGAGAAAACAGCGGAUUGUGUUCUGAAAAUUGUGAAGCCUAAUCUAGCUGCUUACGAAUGUUUAGACUUUUUAGCACAAGUGUUAGGUGUGGAUGCAAAUGAAAAACAAGUUUUAGACAGUAAAUUGUUAGAAUUAUUCGACAAAAGUAUUCCUAGCGAUGGAACAUUGUCUGAACUGAUGAAAGUUCAGGCUCAGGACAUGCCCUUUCAAGAACUAAUCGAAAGUGACCAGGAGAUACCAACAUUACUACAUUUUGCAGCCAAGCAUGGAUUAGAGGAUUUUACAUGCAAUAUCUUAGACACCCCAGGUUCUAGUGCCGCCUUUCAAAUAGAAAACAAAGAAGGACACGACCCGGCUGAUCUUGCCGAAUUAAACGGUCAUGUAGAUCUAGCUGAACAUAUGAGAACACAUUUUGAAACUCAAACUAUGGUUGAUUAUAUACAUUUGGCUAUGGAUAACAACUACUCUAACCAAGAAGAGCUUGAAAGAGAUCGGAAUCAGGCAAUAGAAAACUCAAGAAGCAAAAGUAUUAAAACCAUACCAACGCAAGAGAGAAUUCAAUUAGAACAAAAGUCCUCGACUAUGCCAAGACCAAUUCGAUCUGUACCCCUUCCUCCUGAACCUACAGAAGAAGAAGAACAAUAUGGUGGAAUGAAACCAGAUGAAUUCAUGGGUAUUAGUUCUAAGCCUAUUCAAACAGCAUCAACAUUAGGAUCUUCAACUCAUGAUGAACUAAUAGAAAUUGGCAAUGCCGUUAAGAAUGGCGAGUUUACCGUAGACGAAGCUGAAAGGCUGUACUCUUCCUGGGUGGAUAGAAAUAAGGCUGCUCAAUCGAAAUCGCUGAAGGAGCGACAACACGCAAUAGAAGAACUCAGAAACCAGUACCAAACAGUCUUUAAACCAGAAAAGCAACAGCAACAGCGACAAAGCAUUUUUACAAAAUUAAAACAGAAAGUUUCUCCAAGAAAGAAAACCCCAGCCGAGGAAAUAUAUGUAAUGCAAAUCACGCAUCCUUCUGUGGGUAGAGAUCGUAAGGCACACACUCUAGGACGGGAUAGCACUAUAAGUAAUUCAAGCUCAUCAAGUGGAGGAUCAAGAGGCAGUACAAUGAGUACCCAAUCGGAUUGGAGAGAUAGCAGUUUAGGAAGCAUGCACGAGGAGAGUGCAUCUGACAGUGAUUGUAUUGAUUGUAGUGUAGAUAAAUCCAAACUUUCAGAGGAAACACCAGUAUAUGAAGUACAGAGACGACAAUCUGAACCAACAGAGAUUUUAAACAUCCGCAGAAGUGCAGAAAAACGAAUAUCCCUGAAAGACCAAUUUUUGGAAAAAGUAAAAAGAGAGGAAGACGCAUCACCGAUGUUACCUCCGCGGUCGUCAGAUACCUUCAAACCUUCGGUGAAUGUAACGCCACCUCCUCCAGUUAGAAAUCGACCACCUCUUCCGUUACCAAAUUCAGAUUAUGGCAAACCGGCAUAUUCCAAAGCACAACGACCUCCUCCAUCUACCGGUCGACCUCUUCCAAAUAUACCUACAAACGAUGAUCAAAACAAUGGAAAUAAACCACAAUUACCUAGUCCAAUUUCAAAACGGCCACCCGCACCAAUUCCGAGUAACACGAGACCAGCAGCUCCAUUGCACAAACUGCCACCUAGACCACCAAAAAAGAUGUCAUGAAUAGAUUGAUAUUGAGAAAGUGUGAUAAAUAUAUAUAUGUAUAUAUAUUUAUGUGUGAUAACAACUUGUUGAGAUAACUCGGGGAAGGGAGGGGCACUUUAGUAAUUUUCGUAAAGAUAAGCAGCUGUGAUACCAGUACCCAACCUGCUCAUAUAUGUUAAAUAACAGAAAAAUCCUAACCUUUCAGAUAUUUUUUGACAAAUAGUGUAGCUAUCAGGAUAACGCUAUUUCUUGUAGUGACAUUUAGAUUUGACAAAUAGCUAAUGUAUUUCCGACUAGUUUAAAAUACAUCUUUGAAAAAAAUCUAAAUUUGUUUCAGAAACUUUUAUGUGAUCAACAAUCCUAUAUAUAAGUUGUAUAUUCCAACUUAAAUUCUCAAUCUGCAAUAAAUUUUUAAACUCGAAAAAGGAAUUUAUUCCAGCGGGGAUCUUCACUUCAACUCAUUACAUGAGAGAUGUCCCCCUCCCGCUGUGCCAUACAUUUAACAUGUCAUACUCCAAAUGGCAUUUUCUGGAAAGACUAAUAAGUCUGAAAAAAGUAUUUAUCACAAUAUAAUUAUUGUUAUAAUAAAUUAUCAAAAUACAUUUCCAUAAAUUGAGAGAUUAAUCAGAGUGUAGUAUUCUGAUGUUAUUGAAUCAUUUCGUGAAAUAAUAAUUAAAUUCAUUUAUAAAUGUAAUAUAAACUAUUGUCUUACCUGGAAAAUAUGUAGGACUCAAAUCUAUAGCAGAUUUCUAAUCUAUAGCAAUGUGACAUUAAAACGUCAAACAAAUCAAAUCUAUGGCAGAUUUUUGCUUUCUCUAAAUCUAUGGCAGAUCUUUCAAAUGCAUAAUUGGGAAAUAGUAUCAUAACAUCACAAUUGAAUUAAGUCAUAUUACAUCGUCGUCAUAAAAGCUCAAGCACAUCAAACGAAUGUAAAACAACUAUCAUAUUCCUGACAGGUUCAGAUAAGAUAUCAAAAUUUUCUAGGGAACUGAAUAAGAUUUGUUUAGUAAUUUGUACAGAAAGGUUUUUGUUCAAGAUUUGUCUGCUGAAGAAAAGUUGAUUUCAUUCUCAAUCUACCACCGUCAUCACAAUUGAAUAAAUUGGGGUCCUACGUGAAAAAGUAUUAGACAUUAGGAUUCCGUCAUUAAAUGAAAGUGUAUAUAUGUGUGAAUUUUCAGUUAUAUUGUAUACUCAUUUAAUUUGUACUUGUCACAAAAUUACUGUUUGACAUUUUUAAUUAUAUAUAAUAACGAUACAUAUUUUCAAAAAGUACUGUGACUAAUCUUAAAUCAUUUGAAAGAACAGCCAUAGAGAAAAACAAUUGUGUAACAGUCUAAUGAAUAAGUAGAGUUUAGAUAUAACCAUUGUUUUUUUUUUAUUCAAAUGAAUUUUGCUAGUUUGCAUAAUAGUUGAUACUUGAGAGAGAAAAUCUUCAUUUAUAUCUUUACUUUUUAUUUUGUAUUUUUAGUGUGAGAAUGAACGAUAUUUGUACAUUAUAUCAAUAAAGAAUUGAGCUUAA